AGAGUUGUUUCGAACGGAGCGAUUCAAAGCGAUUCGUACGAACAGUUGCUUUUGAGUUAUGAAUCGGUUCCUUAAAAACUAACGUUAGUCGAUUCUCUAAAAUAAACACGCUUGUGAACAUUGGGCUCAGCUUUGUUAAACAUGCGAAAAAGAUUGAAUAUUCUGUGUUGCGUGCUGAAUGUUAUUAUCAAAACAUUGUUUUACCAAGGUUCAAUCACCACUGUAAGACAUGAACUGUAAGCGGGAAUCUCAGUCUUUUAAAUGUCAACGGUUAUUUUGACUGCUGGUCUGUCUGAAGACGGUGCUUUUUGGAGCUCUCUCCAAGUGCCCUGCGCGCUCUGCGAAGUUUCUUUCCUCAUCCCCCCUCUGCAUCACCACCCUCCUCUUGGUGCAGUACAUCUCCAGUGAGGAUACACACGCUACAGAGCUGUUUGGACUCCCAUUCACUGCAGAGGAUCCAUUGGUGGGCAAGCGAUGCUACAUUUCUCCAAAUCUGUUCUGAUAAAGGAAACUCAUCUACAUCUUGGAUGAGGGUGAGGGGUCCCUGAGUGGUCGAGCCAGAGAUCAUGAAGUGGAACCUCUUCAAAAAGAAGCCAGAAGCCAUGGUGGGCCCGGAGCCCACAGGACUCGGCGGCACCCACCCGUCACACACCAUGACGAUGGCCCCCGCCGUCUCCACACCUGCAGACAACUCCACCGAGUCUGAGGGACCCGUCAACAAGAAUGAUGUCUUUGAGGAAAUCAAGAGCAAGUUCCUCAAUGAGAUCGAUAAAAUCCCGUUGCCUCCAUGGGCGCUCAUCGCCAUCGCUGUAGUGGCCGCCCUCCUCAUCCUCACCUGCUGCUUCUGUAUCAUUAAGAAAUGCUGCUGUAAGAAGAAGAAGAACAAGAAAGGCAAAAAGGGAAAGGACGGCUUCAACAUGAAGAACAUGCAGGGUGGAGAUAAACACCAGGAUGAUGAUGACGAAGAAGGAGAAACUGGUUUGACGGAGGAGGAGAAAGAGGAAGAGGAAAAAGAAGUGGAGAAACUCGGAAAGCUUCAGUAUUCGUUGGAUUACGACUUCCAGGAUAACAAGCUGACCGUGGGAAUCAUGCAGUGUGCCGAUCUGAUUUCCAUGGACUCUGGCGGAACGUCCGACCCUUACGUUAAAGUGUUCAUCCUACCAGACAAGAAGAAGAAGUUUGACACCAAGGUGCACAAAAAGACCCUCAACCCAGUGUUCAACGAAUCCUUUGUCUUCAAGAUCCCAUACCAGGAGCUGGGUGGGAAGACGCUGGUCAUGUCUGUGUAUGACUAUGACCGCUUCUCCAAGCAUGAUAUCAUCGGUGAGGUCAAACUACCCAUGAACACUGUGGAUCUGGGUCAGCCGAUUGAGGAGUGGAGAGACCUGGAUAGUGCUGAGAAAGAGGAGCCGGAGAAGCUUGGUGACAUCUGCAUCUCUCUGCGUUACGUUCCUACUGCGGGCAAACUGACCGUUUGCAUCCUCGAAGCCAAGAACCUGAAGAAGAUGGACGUGGGCGGCCUGUCUGACCCGUACGUGAAGAUCCAGCUAUUGCAGAACGGCAAGCGUCUAAAGAAGAAGAAGACUACGGUGAAGAAGAACACACUGAACCCGUACUACAAUGAGUCCUUCAGCUUUGAGAUCCCUCUGGAGCAGAUGCAGAAAAUCCUUGUGGCGGUGACGGUCUUUGAUUACGAUAAGAUCGGCAAAAACGAUGCCAUCGGGAAGAUCUUCAUUGGCAGCAAAGCCUCAGGCACGGCGCUUAAGCACUGGUCUGAUAUGUUGGCCAACCCUCGCCGCCCCAUCGCCCAGUGGCAUCCCCUCCAACCAGAGGAAGACAUCGACGGUGCUCUGGCUGCCCUUAAUGCCAAGAAGUAACUUCUCACAUCUCAGCCUGACUAACCAACUAACUAACCAACCCGCCACUGCAUGACACCCCACACUCAUCCGUAUGCGCUCUGCCAGUUUGUUUCGCAUAAUCACCAACAAAAAUAUUCUAAAGAAUAUACUUGAAAAGAUGUUCGCCACAAAGUGUAAACCAAGGCAGGAGAAACGGACACAUUUGAUCUGAAACAACAUUUGCAAAUAACAUUGUGCACCUAAAUAGCAAACGCAAAAUGACAAUAGGAGAAGUAGCCAGCAGAAUGAUAUUUUACACACCAUUUUCUACUUUGCCAGCCAAAUACACAAUACGCAAAUACAAAAAUAGUAAAAAAAAACAACAAUGAAAGUGCACAAAAAAUCAGUAAACGCACACCUGAAGAGACCAUUUUUUUCAUCUACAUGUCAUAUUAUUUUACACUUUCAGCUGGAUUAAAUAUUACAAAAGGCUUUUGUUUCAUUCCAAGAACAGAGAGGAUGUUGUUUGUCGGAUAUACUGAGCUGGAAUUUUGUGCCUAAUCAUAAGUGCAAAUAAUGGCGAGUUUAUGUUGCAAAUAUCUACACAUUUGCACAAUUACAAAGCAAUGAUCACGUUCACUUAAACAUCCCAGGAGAAGCGACCGGUGUAGGGCAGAUUUGUUUACAUUGUCGAGAGGUAAAUUAGGCCUUUGGCUCAUAAGACACACAAACACGUCACAUUUGCAUUUAUGUGCCCAAAAGAAAGAGGAUUCAGUGGGCUAAUAAUUCAUGAAAUGUUGCAAUAAACAUUCAACACGAGUCAAGCAUAGUUUACACAGUCAGUGUAAAGGUAAAGACACAUCUCUUUUACUGUAAUGCUGCGAUUACAGUGCCAAAUCCAGACGUUUGUGUAUCUCACAUAUAGAAGAUCCCAUCUGGCCGAACCUGACAGGCACUAAAGCUGGCUGUGAAUGUAUCGUGGGAUCGUACAAAUGAAAUUUGCACUCAGUGGUUGUGUUCUCGAGAGCUCGCUGUCGUGUUUUCAUGAUCUUGGCCUGUUUGACAUACUGUACAUUCGAAUACCUGGUUGACAUCACUGCCGCCUUUGUUCGGAGCUCAAACUCAUUCAGUAAACUUCACUCUCUCCGAGAUGCCAAAGUAUUAACUGGAACGGAAUAGUAAGUGGCGGUUAAAAGCGAUACUAAUAAAGCAAUCCGAAGCGUUCAGCUCCACUCUUCAUCCCCAACGAUGCUUGUGUAUAUAUGCAUUGAUCAAAUUGGUUUCUACAGCAUGUCCCUAUAAAUUGAUGUACAUAGAAGCAUGUUUUAAAGAUAGAGCAUAAUUAUAUUGUGUACGUGUGGCAUUUGUCAUUUUGAUAAUAAAAUGUAGAGGAAAGAAAAUGCACUGAAUGCACAUUUUAUGAAAUUUCCCUGAAAGGGCAUAAGACGUUUAAGAAUAUAUUAAUAUAGAGUUUUUUCAAAGUACUUUUAAAUUUGCAACAGAGAAUUAAGAGCUGUGUGUAACGUGAGUGUUAGACUCAUGCUUGUGGUGUCAGUUUCAUUUUAUUUGCAUUUGUUUACCUUUCUCGUCUGUGUAUUUGUCACGUUUCUGUGUUUAUUCUGUCCUGUUGAUGUGAAAAUAAGAAAUAAAAAUGUUCAGGUUGUGAACUUACUGGAAUGUCUUGUCAGGGUGAAUCUCACAAAAACACAUCCGGGUUACAUUUCACCACAAAAUCAGAAGACGCACGGUGUAUUUUGCAUUAAGAAAUGUUUAGGACCAUUUUAUUUCAUCACGUUGCAAUGCGUUAAGUUAAUGAGAAUUCAGUGUAAAAAAAAAAAUGUGCUUCAUUUUUAUAAUAAUGCAAAAAGUAGUAAUGGUCCUAUUCAAAAUAUAAUUUCUUAUUUCUUUCUUUUGACUGGUAUGACCUGAAUGUCAUCUCGUGAGAUUCACCUUUUAAUGUACAGUGUGUAAAACCACUUGCUGAAACUAGAAGCCAUAUGCAUGGGCCCUCGCAAGAGCUCAUCGUUUUCGGACAAAACAAACACCUCAACAGAUAUCAAUAAUAUUAACCUUCAUGCAUUUGAGCCAAAACGAUGUGAGAGCAACUGUCUGUUCAAAGACGGUUUUGGUUUUGAAGUUCUUCACAAUAACUGAAAGGAUAUUGCCAGGUAUGAAAGCGAUGCCCUCGUGUUCAUAGUACGACAACCGAAGUCAUUUGAGAUUACAUAAUAAACAGCGUAUUCACAUAAUUGCUUGCAAAUAAAUUAUUAAGAGAUGUAUUAUCAUAAUUAUGGUGAUCCAAAUGUACAAUGGCAUGACUUUAUUAUGCAAUACGUGUGCAAUUGACAACCAGCCCAAUAGAUCUGUUGUUUAUUUGUAAAUUAAGUUUUGAGAUAAGUUUGUGUAUGAUUUUCUGAAUAGCUACGCUGUAUAUUUAUUUGUUUUUUUUACAUAAUGAUCUUUCGUUUUCCUAUUUUUGGAAAAUGACUGAUCAAAUGGCACUGCUAAAGUAUUUUAUUUCCAUGUUUUAGACGGGGGCAGAUGAAUGUUUGUCUAAAUCAAAAUACACAGAGGCCAGGAUGGGUAAUUAAUGAAUAAAGAUAGUCUUUUAGUGGCCAUUCAGAUGUGUUCUCAUAUUUAUUCUUUGUAAUUCCUUCAUUGAAUGUUCGGGUCAGUUGUACGUAAUCAUUUCUUUUCUAUGACUUUCUGUUCGGUUGAACAGCCUUGGACUGUCUACUGCUGCUUAGGAAUAUUUGUCUGCUUCUGUGUGUUGUACUUUGCAAUAGGACCAAUGUAGAAUAAUGUCUUAAUGUUUCUUCUGUGGACGUGAAUCAAACUGCAGGGCUCUGGUGUUCCUCUGCAGAGCAAGCAACAAAAUCCCAGUCUUCCCUGGGACACUGUGGAUGCCAGUCGACUGGCCCCCCUUCCCUCUCUGUGUUGAGACCGUUUUCCAUUUGUUGCAUUCUAAUAUCGGACCAUAUAGUCACAAAGACCUUCCCGAUGCAAUACUGCCAACAUCUCAGCUUACUAACAUCUCCUAACACUCCCGUCCAUCCCACCGCGGCCUCCCUGUAAAGACUCUUCCAAAGAACUGAUGCCUUCCUUUUGCGUUCGUCCUGUGUGGAGGUUCCAGUGUUGUCGAUUCCUUUCGUGGAUGCUUUGGCAUGCUUUGAAAUUUCCCUUCUACAGUCUAACUUGUCGGCCAAUGAAGAAAAAAGAAACCCUUUCCUCUGGCCGCUCUUGUAGCUUCUUGUCAUCCUGUACAACCAAUGUGAAAACCUCGAUGAAAACCAACCAGUAGAACGUCUACAUGCAGAUUUAUCCAUGAGUUAUCGAUUAGUUAAUCAUAGGAAAUAAAGAUCUUUUAAAUAUA